AUGACUGCAAUGAAGCAAUCAUCUACAGUUACCGGAGAUAGGACAACGCCGACGACGUUGAAGGUGUUUGCAGAAUUUGAAACCGAUCGUGAGAGCUACGGAUCAUCGUCGGAGGAUACCGAAACCUACUCUCCGAAAUUGGUGGUCACAAAGGCUAGGAAGUCGCCGGCGACGGUGAAGGAUGGCAGCGUUGAUGUUUUCAGCCGGCGUGUUCGUAACCAGAUAGAGAGGAUUAGAGCGGAGGAUUCGCAUCUAGGAGAGGAUAUCGGUGAAUGUUUAAUCGCUAGGGUUACUGUCCCUAGUCAUGAUCUGGUGGAUGUUUUGAUUUUUUCCAGGCCUGCUUCGCCUUUAAGCGGCAAGGCUCCGGCGAGGAUCAAUAGUUUUACGAUUAGUUGUGUAAAUUCUAGUUUUUGA